AUGCUUGAGAAGCAAUACACAAUGGAAGAACUCGAGGUCAAGGGGUGUAUGUCUGUAAGCCAGCAGCAAUCCGGAAGAGGGGUGCCUUGUCUGCGAUGCAGAGGGAUGUGUACAGGCUUUGAGCCACAUUCUUGGAGGAAAAUAUGCAAGUCAUGCAAAUGUAGCCAGGAGGAUCACAGCUUGAGCUCUGACGCAGAAGAUGAUCGGAAAAUUGGCCGCUUGUUGUCUGACUCCAAGUAUUCUACGCUCACUGCCCGGGUGAAAGGUGGCGAUGGUGUUCGCAUCUACAAAAGGAACCGCAUGAUCAUCACUAAUCCUAUUGUGUCUCGGAAAGAUCCAACGUUUGACACUAUAACUUAUGAGUGGGCUCCACCAGGACUGACCCAGAAGCUGGCUAUACAGUACAUGGAACUGAUUCCAAAGGAUAUGCAACCAGUUGCCGGCACGGAAGGGGCAUCCUAUCGUCGUAGGCAGUUAAUGAGGCAGCUCCCCAUUUAUGACCAGGACUCUUCCCACUGCCAUGGCCUUGCUGAAAGUGAGAUAAAGCUUAUGGAAGAUUUUGUAAAGAAAUAUAAAAGUGAUGCUCUGGGAGUUGGUGAAGUUGCACUUCCUGGCCAAGGUGGCAGUGCCAAGGAGGAAGGGAAGCAGCAUGACAAAAAUGCAGCUGCAAGUAAACUGCCCAUUUCAACCAACGGAGCCCUGAGUGAUGCACCAACGGGAGUGGAGUAUUGCUGCGAGAACUGCAAACAGGUGGUGCCUACGGACUGCCCUGUGGUGUACGUGGAUAGAGCGGGCUACAAUCGUCAGUGGCACCCAGGCUGUUUUGUAUGCUACAAGUGUUCUGAACCUCUGGUUGACCUGAUCUACUUCUGGAAGAACGGUGCGGUUUGGUGUGGGCGCCAUUACUGUGAGAGUAUAAGGCCACGCUGUGCAGCUUGUGAUGAGAUAAUAUUCUCAGCGGAUUACCAGCAAGCUGAAGGGCUGACCUGGCACAAGAAACACUUUACCUGCCUGGUGUGUGAGACCCUGCUGACUGGCAAAUCCUUCAGCCUGGAUAAAGCCAAGCUUCUAUGUACAACUUGCAGUAAAACCAAACAUCCGUAA